AUGAUUUUUCAAAAUAUUAUUGAAUUCAUUGUCAAAUUAUUUAUUCUAAUCUUCGCUACCUAUAUCUUUUACUUUUAUUACAAAUAUUUUACUCGUCCAAAUCCACUCCCUGGUCCAUUUCCUUUACCAUUCAUUGGAAACCUUCUUAACAUUGGCUACGAUAUAAAUAAAUUCUAUGAACAAUGUCAACGGAAAUAUGGUGAUAUCUCUGAAAUAUUGCUCGACCGCAGAUAUAUCAUUGUCACACGGCCAGACUAUAUUGUAAAACUUUUUGCUCCUUCAGAAUAUUUCAUGAGACUUCCAUAUUCUCAAGGCAUGGAUGAAAUUGGACAUUACAAAAAUGGAAUCGUCUUUAAUGGAGAUUCUAAAAGUUGGCAUUAUAAUAGACAGUACUUUAACGAGACAUUAUCACUUAAAUUUAUUGACGCAUCCAUAACACAUAUAUAUCAAUUAUAUGAAGAAAUGAGUGGAUAUUGGCAAUCUCUUGGAUUGCAACAUUCUUUAAAUGAAAAUAAUAAUAAUAAUUGGUCGUUAGAAACAGAUUUUUCUGCAUGGUUUCAUCCAUUUACGAAUGAUGUUACUUCAAUGUUAGUUACAGGAAAACGCACGUAUUCAAUUGCUACCUACUAUAAUACACAAAGCAUUAUCAAAUCUGAGUACCCUGAUGCACUAGUUGAAGAUGGUUAUAGAUUUACUGAAGCACUCGUGAAACAUCUUGAAAGUCUCUUAUUUUUUGCGAACUAUGGCCCUUUUAUUAGGCAUUACAUUCCAAUAAUCAAAAGCCAAUCAAAUUCUUAUUUAAAUAACCGUAAUUACUUGUUUGAUAAGUUGGAGAAUAUAAUUAAAAAGAGAAGAAAAGAAAUCGAAGAAAUGCAGGAUACAGAAAUGAAAACUGAUAUGUUAACUUCCUUAAUCACAGCAAAAACUGUUGUAGAAUAUGAGGAGUUUAGACCUAUGACUGAUAAAGAGAUAAGAGGUAAUUUACUAGAUGCUUUUAUAGGUGGAUCUGGUACUACUGCAAAUUUAUUCUGCUUCAUGACCUACUAUCUUUGUAAACAUCCUCAUGUAAAACAAAAAAUGCUUUCAGAAAUUGAUUACAUUUCUGAUAAAUUUUACGCAUCAAACGAUCUCAAAAAAUUAAAAUAUUGUGAAGCUAUAAUUAAGGAAACGCAUCGUUUGAUGCCAGGGGUAACUAUUAUACACCGUCACAUCACUAAGGAGCGUGAAUUUGCUGGAUAUAAAUGGCCUGCUGGUACUAGUUUCCAUGUAAAUGUUAAAGGUGCGCAUAGUCAUUCUGAGUUUUGGGAUAAUCCUGAAGUUUUUUAUCCGGAUAGAUUUUUAAAUAAUGAUUAUGAUAAAUCUGCCUUCAUGCCGUUUGGUGGAGGUAAACGUAUUUGUCCUGGAAAAAGUUUAGCAACGAUUCAG